GUCCUUUCCCACAGACUUUAUUCUAAGAAAAACAUCCUACCGUCCCUUGCUCUGUUUUGACAGGGAACUAAUAUGAAUCUGUCAGUGGAUACAGGGACAAUACAUUUCAUCACUUGGAACAUUAAUGGACUUAAAGAACAAAGAAAUAAAAAAUUUAGAGAACUACGUAAUGCUGCUGUUGUUUUCUUACAAGAGACACACAUCGGGGAAAACGAUAAUCAUAUUUUAGAGUGCAGUGAAGAUGAGUGGCAUAUUUUCUUCACAAAGUUUACAUCGUCCCGAAGAGGAACAGCUAUACUUGUUAGGAAAACAUUAGACUUUGAAUACAUCAGUGAUGACAAAGAUACUUAUGCAGGAUAUAUUGUGUUGAAAUGUAAACUGCAAGGUCAGUUGUACACACUUGUUAGCAUUUAUAACCACCAAACUGACACAAAAACCCUUGAUAAACUUUCAAGGUACCUGCAGUUAAUGGCCACAGGGUUGCUGGUGAUUGGUGGAGAUUUCAACACUGUUCUCAAUCCCUUUAUCGACAAAAAAUGUUAUACCAACAAGGUGACAAAUAACCGAACUCAGAGCAAACUGCUUCCCUGUGUGGAAAAUUUUAUGAAAUCUCUUCAGCUUGUCGACAUCUGGAGAAGAAAAAACCCUGUAAAGCAGAAUCACACAUUCUGCAGAGGUGAAACUUCAUCAAGACUGGAUUACUUCUUCAUUCCAGAAGAAUGUCUGUGGCGUGUCAGAAGUUGUGCCAUCAGCGAUUCGGAGAGACCUGACCAUCAGCCUUUGUCCUUGAAGAUCAACAAUGUCUCCGCAGACACUUUACAGGAACAUCUCCAGAUACAAUCACUCUCACAACUGCUCAGGGAUAAAAGUCAUUUCGGGAUCGAUUUAUCGUUGGUUCAAGAAGGCUCACAUGUACUCAGUGAGGUUGACAUUGUCUCAGCUGUACAUUCUCUUCAGGUGUCAGACACACCAAGACCAGAUGGUGCUAUAUGA